AUGGAGUUGAAGUCAUUACUUUCAAUUAAUGCAGGACUUCAGGAAAUCAGAAUCCGAGGACUUCGAAUUAAAAGUUUCUUGACUGAGACUUAUUUGGAUCUGGGGUUUUUGGGAGCAAAAUCAUGGCAACAGCAACCAUGGCCACUGCGGCUGGUGCAGCUGCUCUUUUGUACUAUACAUUAAACCGUAAAUUACAAUCUACUCUAUCUAAGGAUGAUGAUGAAGACACUGGUAGUGAAGUGACAAAUCAUUCCUCGCCGAGAGCUAAACGAGUCUCGCAUGGACACAUCCGACAUAUCCAAGCCCCUGCAACAUGGUUGGAGACCAUUUCAACAUUGUCGGAGACUCUUAGAUUUACUUACUCUGAAACUCUAGGAAAGUGGCCCAUCGGGGAUUUGGCUUUUGGAAUCAGCUUUCUUUUGAAGAGGCAGGGAAACUUACACGUUGCCAGUGUAUUUGGUGGUAAAGAUAGUUUGGAGCUCAGAGGAUCUCAAAUAACUGCUGAACUAAAAUACCUUCUAAAACUGUUGACCCUUUGUUGGCAUUUCUCAAAGAAACCAUUCCCGUUAUUUUUGGAGGAGACAGGCUAUUCUGAAGAAGAUGUUCUGCUUCAGGAACCAAAAGCAGGAAUUUUGAAGCCAGCAUUUACAAUUCUAGUUGAUGAUGACUCAAAAUGUUUUCUUUUAUUGAUUCGGGGAACUCAUAGCAUCAAAGACACUUUGACUGCUGCAACUGGAGCAGUUGUACCAUUUCAUCACACUAUUGUACAUGAAGGAGGAGUCAGAAAUUUAGUUUUGGGCUAUGCACAUUGUGGAAUGGUUGCAGCUGCUCGAUGGAUUGCAAAGCUUGCAACUCCUUGUCUUCUUAAAGCACUUCAGAAACAUCCAGAUUAUAAGAUCAAGAUUGUUGGACACUCCUUGGGGGGAGGAACUGCAGCAAUUUUAACAUAUACAUUACGUGAGCAACAGGAGUUCUCAAUGACCACUUGUGUGACAUUUGCACCAGCUGCUUGUAUGACUUGGGAAUUAGCAGAGUCAGGAAAUGAAUUUCUCACUUCAGUAAUUAAUGGAGCUGAUUUGGUGCCUACAUUCUCACCUGCUUCAGUUGAUGAUUUACGCUCUGAGGUAACAGCUUCUGCAUGGCUAAAUGAUUUGAGAAAUCAGAUAGAGCAAACAAGAAUUCUGAGCACAGUAUAUCGUUCUGCUUCUGCCUUGGGUUCUCGUCUUCCCUCCAUUGCUAGUGCUAGAGCAACAGUUGCUGGUGCGGGGGCAAUUUUACGCCCUGUUUCCAAUGGCACACAGGUGGUGAUGAGGAGAGCCCAGUGCAUGGCUCAGGCUGCAUGGUCACGUCCAGCUCUUCGCUUAUCCUCCUGGUCAUGCAUGGGGGCUCGUAAUCAGGGAACUUAUACACAUUCAAACCCACAAGAAGACAGUAGGUCAAUGGAAUCUUCAACAAGAGCAGAAACUGCUGAACCUCUUCUCUCAUCCUGUGAGAUCACUACUACAGUUGAAACAGAACGACCAGCAUCUAUAUCUGAAGGUAUGGAAUGGGCAUCAGAGAUUGAAUGCUCUCAUCACUCAGAUGAGAUUAGUCAACACACCGACGACGUGGAUGACGGUGAGGACCUCAUGGAAAGUGGCAGACAUGAAGACCGAAUGACUGAAGUUGAAUUGUGGCAGGAACUUGAGCAGGAGCUCUACAGAAGGAAAGAAGGUGAAGAAGGUGAUGUGGCCGCAGAGAUUAGGGAAGAAGAGGAAGCAGCCAUCUCUGAAAUUGGUGGGGACUCACAAGAGAUAUCUGCUCCAGAAAUGAAGGAAGCACACCGCUUUUUCCCUCCUGGGAAGAUCAUGCAUAUUGUUACCCUCCACUCAGAUGGGCCUGAAUUUGAAGGUGAAACUACUGUAAAUGCUGAGGACACAUCCAAUAACCAGCAGCAGGAAGGGGCUAAAGUUAAGAUUUUUUUGACAUCGAGGUUUCUUUACAGUAAGCUGAGGCUUUCACAAACCAUGAUCAGUGAUCACUUCAUGCCUGCUUAUAAGAAACAGAUAGAACAAUUGAUUAAUGACCUCGAGGAGGAAGAAGCUUCUGUCGAUGCUAAUUGUAAGGGAGAAGUUAUUAGAGAAGAGAUCUUGUAGCGCAAAUUGGAACAUGCGAUACCCAAAAGAACUGAUGGGGCGGCUUCUGUAAAAUAACGGUAGAUGAAAUACAAAAUUUAGUCUUUGGGAGAUGUAUUUCAAGUUUUCAGUUGUUGUAUACUUGUAUAUAGUAGUUAGUAUGCAACAUUGGGGGAAAGUUCUUUUUACCAGUCUUCAUUCAAUCAUCCUUAGUCUUGUGUUUUUCAGGA